UGCGGUCCGGUUAUAUGGUGCCCUCCUCCGUUCUUGUUUUGAUGUUGAGCUGUGAAAUUUAUUAAAUACUGAACGGUCAAGAAAUGCUUGAUGUAGAUAAAUGGAUAAGCAUCGCGAAGGAAUGCAAGUACUUGCCUGAAAAUGACCUUAAGAAAUUAUGCAGCAUGGUGUGUCACCUGCUACUGGAAGAAUCCAAUAUACAGCCCGUGUCAACCCCUGUAACAGUGUGCGGCGAUAUUCAUGGCCAGUUCUACGACCUCGAAGAGCUUUUUCGGACAGGUGGUCAAGUGCCAGAGACCAAUUACAUUUUUAUGGGUGAUUUCGUGGACAGAGGUUACUACAGCCUAGAAACCUUCACGCGGCUACUUACCCUGAAGGCUAAGUGGCCAGACCGAAUUACAUUGCUGCGUGGCAACCACGAAAGUCGUCAAAUCACUCAAGUUUAUGGGUUUUAUGAUGAAUGCCAGACAAAGUAUGGCAAUGCUAAUGCGUGGAAGUAUUGUUGCAAGGUGUUUGACCUUCUCACCGUUGCUGCUAUAAUUGACGAGCAAGUUCUCUGCGUCCACGGCGGUCUUUCACCACAGAUCAAGACGCUAGACCAAGUUCGUACAAUCGAGAGGAAUCAGGAGAUCCCCCACAAGGGCGCUUUUUGUGAUCUAGUAUGGUCGGAUCCAGAGGAUGUGGAUACGUGGGCAGUAAGCCCAAGGGGAGCAGGAUGGCUUUUUGGUGCUAAGGUCACUCAUGAGUUUAUGCUGCUGAACAACUUGAAGCUAAUAUGUAGAGCACAUCAACUAGUGCACGAAGGCUAUAAAUACAUGUUCGACGAGAAGCUGGUAACCGUCUGGUCUGCACCCAACUAUUGCUACCGGUGUGGUAACAUCGCUGCUGUUCUGGCUUUCGUUGAUGCAAACACUCGAAAUGCCAAACUCUUCCAUGCUGUGCCUGACUCUGAGCGAGUCAUACCUCCCCGAAAUACUACGCCAUACUUCUUGUAAAAUUCUUCGUCACCUUGUUUGCACCCUGGCAUGAUGACAUCGCAACAUCAGAACAUCAUUCCAUUCUGAUAACCGUACAGAUCACAAAAUAAAAAGAUUAAUUUCUGUUGCUAUGUAA